ACGUGCUGGUGCAGUGUUUUGUCCUGCGGCGCAUCUUCAGUCCCGACUGAGAAGAAGACCGCGGCGUAGCUAUCUGUCUCAUCCUCGGACAGAUGAGUGACUGACUUUACCUACCAGGGACAAGCAGUGGUUUCAGUGCCAUCUUUUUUCACAGUCUGUGAUACCUGUGUUUGGGUUUGCAACUUCUUCAGUUUCACCUGUUAUUCACGUCGAAUGUCAAACAAAUAGCCUUGGCUACAAAAACAAUACGCAACAACGAGGAAAAGUGUUAUCGUUGGCCACCCGAACAUCUGGCUGGACAUUUGUGACAGUUUCUCAGAAGAUUUAUCUUCAUUUGAUUUACUUUUACCAGAUUGAUUUUUGAUGAGCACUGCCUCGUCUCGAAUAAAUCAGAGACAAACAAUGGCAAUAAUGAACUGACAAGAUAUCAAAUUAGCCUUUUGAAACAGGAUGGAUAGAAUUGUUCAACUUCUAUAGAUAGGCAGGUUUCCCCCAAUUAUGAACAGCAAACCAUCGCCCAGGACUUGUAUUCUUCAUUUUAUAUUGUAUGCCAUCUGUUCAUGAAAAUAGAAAUGUUUUGUUUCUUCAAACCCCGAGGAUAUUCCAGGACCAGGACUGGGUCUCGAAAUGGGACAAUAUCCCGACACUCCUCCAACUCAACCUCAAGGCUAUACUUUACCUUUAUUCUGCUGCUUCUCAUCUUCACGCCUAGAGUGGAUUCUUCCUGGUGGUACAUUGGAGCCCUGGGUGCACGGGUGAUCUGUGACAACAUUCCAGGCCUGGUGAACAAGCAGCGCCAGCUGUGCCAGCGUCACCCGGACCUCAUGCAGUCUAUUGGGGAGGGUGCCAAGGAGUGGAUCCGCGAGUGCCAGCACCAGUUCCGCCACCAUCGCUGGAACUGCAGCACGCUAGACCGAGACCACACUGUCUUUGGCAGGGUCAUGCUGCGCAGUAGCCGGGAGGCAGCGUUUGUGUACGCCAUCUCCUCGGCAGGCGUGGUGUAUGCAAUUACCAGGGCCUGCAGCCAGGGGGACCUCAAGAUCUGCAGCUGCGACGCCCAAAAGCGGGGCCAGGCUAGUGACGACAGGGGCGAAUUUGACUGGGGCGGCUGCAGCGACAACAUCAACUAUGGCAUCAAGUUCACCAAGACCUUUGUUGAUGCCAGAGAAAAGAUGGUGAAGGACGCUCGGGCACUGAUGAAUCUACACAACAACCGCUGUGGACGAAUGGCAGUGAAGCGCUUUAUGAAACUGGAGUGCAAGUGUCAUGGCGUCAGCGGCUCCUGUGCCCUUAGAACCUGCUGGCUGGCCAUGUCGGACUUCCGGAGGACCGGGGACUACCUCCGGAAGAAGUACAACACGGCCAUCGAGGUGACCAUGAACCAGGAUGGCACCGGGUUCAUGGUGGCUGACAAGGACUUCAAGGGAACCACCAAGAAUGAGCUGGUGUAUGUAGAAAACUCCCCAGACUACUGCAUCAUGGACAGAGCAGCAGGCUCCCUGGGAACGGCAGGGAGAGUCUGCAACAAGUCUUCUAGAGGCACAGACAGCUGCGAGGUCAUGUGUUGCGGACGGGGCUACGACACAAUGCGCGCCAAGCGAGUCACCAAGUGCGAGUGCAAGUUCAAGUGGUGUUGCGCCGUGGAGUGUAAGGACUGUGAGAACACUGUGGACGUUCACACCUGUAAGCCCCACAGGCGACCCGAUUGGCUGGACCAAACCAGACGCUGAGGCCCAUUCUUUCAAAGGACGUAGCAGUGGCCAGCUGCAUUGUGGGAUAUGUAUUUCCUACCCCUGACUCCUUCGGACCUCCAUUACCUCUGACAACCCCUUCUAAAGUGACAUCCUAAAGAACCUUUCCCAAGGCGCCGUAUCCCAACUUGGUUUGGAUGGUGCAGUACUGUAUGGGACUUUUCUGUGGGAAGGCUGUCUAAGAGAAUGGUUGGGCUGGGAAAGGGGAUAGUUCCUAUUUAUGUUUUUGUUUGUUUGUGUUGAUCGUGUGCUGCUGAGGACACUAUUUUUCUACAGACAUUCAUUCACACAGUAUCUGUUGUGGAAAUGCAGAACAGGACAUUGUACUGUGAGCACACCAGAGAUUGAGUUAGGAUUGUUGGCUGGUGUAUGUGUUGUUGUUUUUUUGCUUUGUUUAAGUCUAUGUUCUCUUUCUAAAUCUGUGAUCACUAUGUUCAGUGUUUCAUUGGCCUUACAAUAGAAAGAGAUGAAGAACUGAAAUUGUACUCUGCUUGAUAUAAUGGAAAGACUGACUUGUAUUCAGUUGUUAGGAGUAAAAGUGCAGAAAGUCUAACGAUCAACGUUUACCGCGGGCCAGAGAGCUGCUCUAUAGACACUAAUGUAAAGUACCAGUCAAAAGUUUGGACACACCUACUCAUUCAAGGGUGUUUCUUUAUUUUUACUAUUUUCUACAUUGUAGAAUAAUAGUGAAGACAUCAAAACUAUGAAAUAACACAUAUGGAAUCAUGUAGUAACCAAAAAGGUUUUAAACAAAUCUAAAUACAUUUUAUAUUUGAGUUGCCACCCUUUGCCUUGAUGACAGCUUUGCAUACUCUUGCCAUUCUCUCAACCAGCUUCACCUGGAAUGCUUUUCCAACAGUCUUGAAGCAGUUCCCACAUAUGCUGAGCACUUGUUGGCUGCUUUUCCUUCACUCUGAGGUUCAACUCAUCCCAAACCAAUUGGGUCAAUUGGGUAGAGGUCGGGUGAUUGCGGAGGCCAGGUAAUCUGAUGCAGCACUCCAUCACUCUCUACCUAAUGGUCAAAUAGCCCUUACACAGCCUGUAGGUGUGUUGGGUCACUGUCCUGUUGAAAAACAAAUGAUAGUCCCACUAAGCACUAACCAGAUGGGAUGGCGUAUCGCUGCAGA